GGGGCGAGCGUAAGAUGCGCAUGGUUGUCAAUUAUCGGGAGCUGAACGCCCUUACGAUUGCGCCUGACUUUCCCCUACCACCUAUUCAAACGAUUCUUGAGGUGCUGGGGGGGGCCCGAUACUUUUCCACCCUCGAUCUCGAGUCAGGAUUUCACCAGAUAAGGAUGGCCAAGGAGGACAGGUGGAAGACAGCUUUCCGUUCUGUUAUGGGGUUAUUCGAGUAUAAGGUCAUGCCUUUUGGCCUCAAGGGCGCGCCUGCUACCUUUCGGGCCAAUAUCAAUGCCUACCUACAGCCUUUAUUAGGUCAGGGAGUCAUCGCGUACCUCGACGAUGUCCUCAUUUACAGCCCCGACCUUCCCAGUCACGUUGCCCUCCUCCAACAGUGGACAGACGCACACACUCAGGCGGUACGCCACCUCAAGCAGCGUUUGAUUGAUUACACCACCCUACAGAUUCCUGAUACCACGAAACCCUUUGAGCUCUACACGGACGCCUCUGGCUUUGCCGUUGGCGCGGUCCUCCAACAGGCCGGUCAGCCAAUAGGGUUCCUCAGUCAGGCCAUGACCCCCGCGCAGCAGAAAUACUCGAUCUAUGACCAGGAGCUUUUGGCCUUAGUGUCUGCACUCGACAAGUGGGCACACUUACUGAGACCUACCAAGGUCACGGCCCACACCGACCACCAAGCCCUUACAUACUUACAGCAGCUCAAGGCGUCGAAACCUCUCCGCGGCCGCACCGCUCGGUGGCUAGAUUUUCUGGCUGAGUUCCCCGAUCUCACUAUUACAUACCUGCCGGGUGCACGUAAUCAAGUGGCGGACGCACUGUCUCGUCUCCCUUGUCACUCAGCCCCCUGCCCUUCACCCUGCCCAAUCGACCCCCCUGAGACCCAUUCUGGGUCUCUUGCAGUUCUCGGGCCCGGGACGGACCCGCCCGAACCAUCGCACAGGACCCGGGGAACACAUCCUGACUAUCGCGAACUGGCCGGCCUCCGCCGACGUUCCCCUCGGAAACGCACCCCCUCACCCCCGGUUCCACCCCCGACCACUACGCUCGACCCUGCUCCCGAAUCUCCCACGCCGGCAGACCCAAGACCUACGCCCAGUUCUCCCGUCCUCGACUGGCCGGCAGCGUAUUCUAAGUGCCCGGUAUUCAGCGCGCCUUAUAACACUGCCUCUACCAAGCAGGGUGAAGUUGUUCAACUGGAGUUCCAACAUCGUCGUCACACCUUCCGUUUUGUCCUGCCCUAUUUACAUAUAUGCGUUAAUGGUCUUUGGCUUAUCUGCGUGCCGCAGUUUCCAUAG